AGACAAAAACCCCAGCAGGUUAAAAUCCAUCUUUGCGUCCCUUCCCUGCUUGGCCGAGAGCCAGGCUCGUUUCUGUUUGGACCUCAUAUUCACCUCCAGUUGAAGUCAGGAUCACCAUUCUUGAAUCUUGAUCCGCUUUAUUUGCGACAUUCGCAAAGAAUUGUUAUGAAUUCUUCAGAACGCCACGCAAUCGGAGGAUACGAUAAAUCUGGGAGCCUUAGGCUUUCCGUCGCCAACUUUGUUCGGAGAGCAAAGCGGUACGUUUUGCGGUCUGGCCCAGCGCAAGGCUACAACAAUGUUCAUCAAAAGAAUGACUUCGACUCUGUCAAGACCGCCGGAUGGCAAAAAGGCGCUCGCCUAUGUUUGGCCGGGGCGUUGACUUGUCUGGUGCUUGAGGCUGUACUAUUGACUGUUUUCCUCAAACUUGACCGAAGUGUUCUUGGUCACAGUGUCAUCUUUGCCGGUGAUUGUCAAAAGGCCAAAUCGAUCACUCUAGCAAUGGUGACGUCGCUCAACAUCAUCGGCACCACUCUGCUCGGGACAAGCAACUAUGUCAUGCAAUUUCUGAACGCACCUAGCCGCCGAGAAGUUGAUAAAGCACACGCCAACGGCCGAUACCUAAACAUUGGCGCACCAUCAGUCAACAACUUUCGGUUCCUCGGCCUCACAAAGUUCUUCAUGUGGUCGAUGUUGCUCUUUUCAUCGAUCCCCAUACAUUUGCUGCUGAACUCUGUGGUAUUUGCCUCUUUACAGUCCAACAAUUACGGGGUGAUGCUAGUGAGCUCGGACUUCCUGGAUGACUCGGCAUGGAGUUUGUGCUCUUCCGACACCUUGAGCAUCACCGCAAAUUUUGCCUGCAGCAUGUAUCAUGCUGCGAAAAGGAGCAAUUCGGGUUUAAGCCGAAAACAGCCCAGGGAAUGUAUACAACAUUACUCCGGUGCCAUUGAGACCGCGGCGUCUAACGUGCUGUUGGUGGCAAAGAAUACUACUGAGCAGAAGCGCUGGAGCCUGUUCACGAAACCAGCAACAGACCCAAACACAUUCUCCAUAUGCAAUGCCACUUGUCUCCACCACAUCUCCAGCCCGCUCCAACACAGCCUUCUCCUGGAGCCCACGGACACAUUAUGGAAUGCGAGCACACUUCUAGGAUUAUGGAGUUCUUUGGAUUACGGCUACUUGACCACUACCCAGUACACACAUUUCAACACUGCGGAUAGCAGGGUGGAGAGCCCAAAUCGAUGGGACCCUGGAGCCUGGCUCUGCGACACUGGUCGAUAUACUGCGUUCAAAAACUGCGAUGCUGCCACUGCGCUGAAAGAUCCGGACCAAUGGAGGGUGACCCCAAGUUCAGUGGAAGUCGAUUACUGCCUUAUCGACACGAAACAAAACCAAGAUUGCAAGGUCCACUACAACGUCAUCUUCCUCUCUGUUGUGAUGGGCUGCGAUUUUGUCAAAGUCUGUUGUAUCGUCUACGUCUUGCUCGUCUGCCCAAGACACUGUACAUCUCGACAGGACAUGGAACUUGCUACCCUGGGCGAUGCCAUCGAAUCUUUCCUCGUCUAUCCUGAUGAGACAAGUGCGGCAAGGUGUUUGGUCGACCAGAAGCAUGUCCGGUCCCUUCAAGGGCCCGUCCUAAAUUGGAUAUAUGAUGAAGACUGCUUUGAGAAAAUACCCCGCGAACAACGAGCUUCGGAGUGUCCAAGGGUGUUUGGUCCACAACCUUUGGCAUUUGAGGGGCAGAUGAGAAAGUGGCAAGCUGCGGCCGCCUCACCAACACGGUGGGGGAUUUUUGGCGGUAUCUUCGCCCUGCUAGUCAUUGUCACGCUUCUUGUCCUCAGCUUUAGUCUUGUGCACUUGAAGCGCCUUGGUGUAUCGAAGCUUUUCACGCAGGGAUUCGACUCGGUCGAUCCUAACUCGACGUUUACGCCCAAGGUCUUCGGUGUGAGCAAUUCAGCUGCGACCUUGCGAACGAUUCUCAUGGUCAACGCACCACAGCUGUUCUUGUCCAUGCUCUACUUCAUGUACAACGGGCUCCUCACGCGCAUGAUGUGUGCGUUGGAGUUUAGCAAGUUCUACAAGCAGCCGACGACGUUACGCGUCAGUAUCCCCUCUGGUGACCAGCGGUCGACUUAUUGGCUCUCUUUGCCCUGGAAGAUCAGCUUGCCUUCGCUCUUGCUCUCCGUGGCAUUGCACUGGUUGACGUCUCGGAGUCUGUUCCAGGUAGAGAUAGAAGUUCUCGACUGGACCGGCCACCCUCAGCCCGAUAGAAAUAUUUCGGCUUGUGGCUUCAGCACUUUGGCCAUUCUGCUAGUGGCUGUCGUCCUUAUCAUCAUGCUUCUGGUGCUCGUUGGAUUUGCAUGCACGCCACUUCCGCCUGGUAUGCCAGUUGUGGGUACUAACUCGUGGGCUAUAAGUGCUGCCUGUCAUAACGGCAACGGCGACAAAGAUGCCGCCCAGAGGGCAUUGAUGUGGGGUGAGGUCAGUUAUGACAGUGGCAGCGAAACCGGUCACUGUUCUCUCUCGAAUCGUAGGGUUACGGCGCCCACCGACGGUCGCAUAUAUGCUUGA